AUGCCUCCAUCGACCACCGCGAGACGAAGCGUUUGCUUCGCAGAGGAGUUGAACACGACACAUCAACUGGAAGAGUGCACACCGGAAGACCAAUGGGUGAGCCAAGAAGAAUUCGAAGAGACCAAGCGAAGACUGAAGCGAAAAGUUCAAGAAUGGAAGAUGAAGGGGUAUGGGGUUCUGCUGCGGAAUACCUUUGAUAAUCCACACCCAUCUGUCCAACGCAACAUUGAUGCGUACGCACAGUUGGACGACAGAGAUUGCGCCAGGGGAAUGGAACGCAGUGUCUCGGCUAACCUAGACCAGAAGGUGGUUAACAUGAAGCGAAGAUGUAUCAAGACAGUGUUAUCCCAUCAACGGUUAAUGAAGAAGAAUGGAGUUGUUGCCGAAGAAGAAUUGGCCGUUGUUUCUCGCAUGCAAUCGCGGCCUUCGGUCCAAUUUGCUCGUCGCCUCGGCAAAGCCGAUGAAGUGGCGCUGCGAAAGAACGAUCCCUCGCCGGCCUACCAACUGGUAGAACACCUGAAUCGAAUGUCCGAAACCCAAAAGCCACGACCUGCACUCAACACGGCCGCCGCAUCAAGAGGGCGUCGUGGUGGGGCAAGGGCAGGGCGCGCUGCAAGGAUCGCAUAG